ACAUGCCUCAGCAGUGAGAGGCUCCACUCCCGUUGGUUGGCCAGCAUCCCAGGGCAGACGCAAAGACAGAGAGAGAGAGAGAAAGACUGAGAAGGCUGAGAAUAAGAGAAAAAGGAGGAAAAGAAAGACAGCAAGAAGACAAGUAGACUAGAAAGUGGGAAGAGGAAAAGCGCCAAAGAAGUGGAAGUGGAAGUGUCCCUUCAUAGAAAGGAAAAGUAUUUGGAUUUGAAUUUUGGUCAGGGUGGCCCCUUAAAGUUUGUUCUCCCGGUAGUGUAUUUUUAUCCUGAGUGAGCGUGAGAGCUGAGCGGUGUGUGUUUGGACUUGACAGCCAUGGCGGAUCCAGCAGGCUUGCAGAAGGAGCGAGUGGCUCUGACCGAGGUGUCUGACGACGACGAGGAGGUGUCCCUGGUGGCCGCAGCGGUCCAGCCCGCCACCGACAGCGAUGAAGACGACCUUUCAGAAGAAGUGGACCUGGUGCUGGCCACGGGCUCGGGCACCAAGAGUGAGGCGCAGGUAAACGGGGUCAUGGUGCUGACUCUGCUAGACAAGAUCAUCGGGGUGGUUGACCAGAUCCAACAGACCCAGAACGGGCUGGAGGCCAGACAGCAGGACAUGGAGAAGUCCGUUUCUUGCAUCCAGGGAGAGCUGGCCAAGUUGUCCAAGAGCCACACUGGCACGGCCAACACCGUCAACAAGAUGCUGGACAAGGUGCGCAAGGUCAGCGUCAACGUGAAGACGGUCCGCACCAACCUGGAGAAGCAGGCGGGCCAGAUCAAGAAUCUGGAGAGCAACGAGAACGAGCUGCUCAAGAGACGACACUUCAAGGUUCUCAUCUACCAGGAUGAGAAUAAGGCCGCUAAAGCCUCUCUAAAGUUAUCCAAGAUGGCAGAGAAUGUAGCUGAGGGCUGCUCUGUGGAAGGGGGGCUGGAGCAGAUCCCUGAGGAGGGGGGCGAGGCGGCUCUCACUGGCUUCAACUCAGACGAAGAGGUGGAGAUCGAGGAGAUCAUCGAAGAGUCCCGGGCGGAGAAGAUAAAACGCUCCAGCAAGGCACGCGUGGACAACAUCAAGAAGGCCUUCUCCAAAGAGCAGAGGGAGAAGAGAGCGCAGAAGACCAAGGACAACCUAGAAAAGACCAAGCAGAAGACCAGGGAUAACCUGGAGAAGACCAGGCAGAAGACCCACGACAAGCUAGAGAAGACCAAGCAUAGCCUGGAAAAGAAGAUGGGCAAGCUGGGCAACAAGAUGACCCCCAACAUGGAGCGAAAGGAGAAGCUAAAGGGCUCCAAGGAGAUGUUGAAGAAGUCUCUGACCCCCGACCACACCGUCUACGCCCGCUCCAAGACGACCGUGUACCGUGUGCCGCCCUUCACCUUCCACGUGAAGAAGUUCCGUGAUGGAGACGUGGAAGUGGUGCACACAGAGGGCACAGAGAUGGUGGAGGUGGCCGAGAAUGAGGCCCUGCAGGCGGGAGAGGGAGACGUGGAGGUGGAGGAGCUGGUGAGAGUAGUAGACACUCCAGAGAUGGCUGCUGUCCUGGAGUUGGAUGAAGAGGAGGAGGAGCUGGUGAGAGUAGACACCCCAGAGAUGGCAGCUUUCCUGGAGGUGGCUGAGGACCAGGUGGCAGAGCAUCUGAUCAGGCUGGAGAAUAAGCUCCCUGUGGUGAAGACAAGCAUGAAGACAACCAGCAAAUAACUCUGUCUACAGGGCCCAGCGGGAUUGGAAGAAUGAUAUGAUAGAGGGAUGAGGAGACAGAGGAGGAGAGUAAAGAAGAGGAGAGAAACAUACUACAUUUUGAUGACAGUGACACAGCAUGCAUGAUAAGGACGGUCGGGACAAUGUUCACAAUCUAUUAAUCUUUUAAUAAAAAUAAUAAUAACAUAAUAUGCCAUUUAGCAGAUGCUUUUAUCCAAAGCGACUUACAGUCAUAUGUGCCCAAAUACAUCUUGUUUGAGAGAAAAAAAGUAUUACUCAUCAGGAAUUACUUUCAAUGUAGUAUUUGCUGUUCUAGACAAAAAACAAACACAAAAAGCGUUUAACCCAGGCCCGCAUUUUUGUUUCUUCCUUACAUAUUUUCUUGUCUUUUAGUUUGUGAAUGACUCUGGUUGGUCUAGUCUGGGAUAUUGCUCGUUGAUAUAAUUUUGUUAAUUUUUUUGUUUUGAAAUAGAAUAACCACAAUGCUAAUGGAAUGAAUAGUAGUUGCUAUUGUGAUUUGAUGUCCAAUAAUUGCUAACGUAGGAUAUACAGUACAUAACAGUGUAUAUGGAAAUAUCCCCCCUGGGCACAGACGUCAAUUCAACAUCUAUUCCACGUUGGUUCAACGUCAUUUCAUUGAAAUGAUGUGGAAACAAAGUUGAUUCAACCAGUGUGUGCCCAGUGUUGGGGUGUCUUGAGAUUUUCUAAUUUGAUGGUCGCUGGUCAUGUGAUGUGCAGGUCAGAGAAAUUAAGUUUUGACAAAUGAAGAGUAAGAGCACACACUGGAAACACCUAAAGAUGGUUUCAACGUGCAUGGGGAGAGACACAGGGGACCGUCUUUUCCUUGACUGAAGAGUUUACAGAUCGGUUAAACAAAUGCUCACAGCCAUUUUGAGCAGCCAGAUUUCUACUGUAUGAGUGGGCAUACAAGCUCUGUCAACAUGUCAAGGUUUAGAAAGGGCAAGAUAGAUAAGAUAAGGAUAAAGAUUAAGCUAGUUUUCACUUUUCUUAAAGCUUUUAUUUCUGAUCAACAGUGUGGCCCUAAUGGUUAAUUGUUUUCAUUUUGGAGGACUGAGAGGGAGGGUCACGGCAAAUGCAAUAUUAAAAAGAAGAGGAAAAGACUUACUGAUUGGCAUAAAUGGAACUAUUUUUGUGUGUGUGUAACGUUUCAGCCACAAUCUUGAGCCAAUCAGGGAAAAACUAGUGUACCUUUAAAGGAUGUUAUGGGGUGGAUGGAUGCCAGGCGUGUAAAGUAAUCCUUCUCUUUAAUUAUUUCUAAACUUUUUCACGUAAAAAACAGGAUCGCAACAGAUCCUAUUUUUUUGUUUUGAAACGGAGAACGAGAAGGGUGAAGGAUUAGUGACGACUUGAAAGAGAUCUGAAUUUAGUUGCAUAGUAUUACCUUCCUUUUUUUAAAGAAUGUUUCAACAAGUUUCUAAGUUGUACUAUAUUGUGAUAUCUGGAAAAUAGUUAUCUUUCUCUCAGUUUUUAGUUACCAGUGUAACCACCAAACUACCUGGUUGUUACUAGGACUGGUCACUGAUGACAGGAGAAUGACAUUUUGAGCCGUCUUUUAAUCAAAGGUUCCUAGUGCCAUCGUUCUGUAGAAGUUAACUCUUUUCACUGUUUUUACAUGAUAAUGUUCAUUAAAAAAAAAUAAAAAAAACAUUUUUAAUUGUACUGACACACAUUGUACAAAUGUAUGCAUGUAUGCUCACAGUGCUACAAGAAUCAUACAUGUACUGUACAUAUAUGCUGUAAUAAGCACACACAUAACUGUGUUAACCUGCCACAUUACUGUUACUCCAGAGGCUUCUCUCCUGGAAGAGGAGUCUGUCUGAGAUUGACAGAGCCUUGCUUAUUGAAUUUAUCACCAUGGCCACAGCUAACGACAGGAUAUAUCCAGCACUUCACCUGGACUGCAUUGGGUGCUGUAAUUGUGGGGAGAAAAAAGAGAGAAUCUUGUAGGAACCCCUCCAGCACAUGUCAAUGUGCCAGGUGACAGUUAAAUGAAAGUCUAUAGUGACAUACAGAAAUGUAAGUGCUAUCCAAUUUUGUUUGUGCCGGCAGCAAAUUACAAGGGAUUGUGAAUGACAUGGCAAUGUUACAAAGGUGAACAAAAAAAUACAUGUCCGUUCCUGGACCUCA